AUGAUUCAAUGGAAACAAAUGCUUUUCUGCAUAUUUCAAACUAUCCGUGCUGUUCCAAAACCUUAUAAUUAUCUUAGUCUGUCAAUUUGUCAUUUUUCUACACAAACCUAUAAAGCACGUAGAUAUUUUGAUACUCUACAGCUGGUAAAACAACUUGAAAAAGAGGGAUUUACAAAACAACAGAGUCUUGCAGUGAUGCAAGCUCUCCAAGCGGUUUUGGAGGAAAGUUUUCAUGAUUUAACAAAAACGAUGGUUACAAAAGAAGAGCAAGAAAGGAUCAGUUAUACGCAAAAAGUAGAAUUUUCACAGCUUCGUUCAGAGCUUCAGACACUUGAAAAGAAUGAUCUAACAUCAACUCGUCAAGAAUACGACAGAAUUCUAGCAGAUCUUGAAAAACUAAAGAGGAUUUUUCGGGAAGAAAUCAAUCAUACACUUGCUAACGUACGUCUUGAUUUAAAUCUUGAAAAAGGAAGAAUCAGAGAUGAAUAUACGGCACAUGAGCUAAAGAUCAAGGAGACAGACACACGUAUUGAAAAUGAAAUCAAUAAUAUAAAAACACAAGCAGAAACAAUUAAACUUCAAAUCUUUCAAUGGCUUAUUGGAAUUAUUACAGGAGGAGGAGCAUUAGUAUUGGCAUAUAUACGUUUAAUUACGUAA